AUGGCUUCGGUUCUUGGCAGUUUCUCUAUCGAACGAAUUAUUAGUGCAUCUCGUCCGGAAACUCCAAUACCUUCGUCCAGUCCGGAUGAUCCUUCUGGGUCGACGGAUCUUAUUUCUUCCUCCUCCCCAAUACAACUCGCUUCAAUCGAUUACCUCACAACACGUGGUCAGCCUGCCACGGUGCAAUCUGGUGAAUCCACGCAGUACAUCAAUGCGGAUCCCCUUGAUCCAUCCUUUCCUGAUGUUAGACCCACGCAAUCGGCUGGACUGAGCUUGGAGGAUGAUUCUGGGUCGGGCAAAUUGUACACUUGUCCCCACUGCGGAAAAGUUUUCACGGCACACUACAAUCUGACCAGACAUAUGCCCAUUCAUACGGGAGCCAGACCGUUUGUGUGUAAAGUGAGUGACUGA